AUGUCGUUCAUGUCCCGGAGUCCACGAGCACGCUUCGAUCCAUACGGCUGCUCGAGCUCUUCUGAGCACGGCCACUACUACGCGCAACGCAAACCCGCUUAUUCUGGACCAUGGAGCACUCUCCCUGACCGACUAAAGCGCUCAUAUUACAUGGAACAUGCCAGGAGACGUGAAUCACAGAUGGCAGAUAUUUUAAGACACGCUUGCCUAUUUCAAACUCCCGAGGGCCAGAAAAACUACCUUUCCGUCCUUCCGAUGCAAAUCCUCCACCGAAUCAUCAAGCACCUCUGCCAGGGUGAAAAGAUUGAAGUCCGUGGCGAUGUCACUGAUACUGACUCCGCUUCACAUGGUCGUGUCGCCGAGGCCAACAAGGCCGCUUUCAUGGCAACCUGCUGGAAAUCCUACUACAUUGCAAGGCCGACAUUCUAUUGGGAGGUGAAGUUUAUAUUUAGGACUCCCGAAGCCCUUCAUACCUUCACGGUGGUGGAGACGACGGCCGACAAAGAAAGAUUGGACUUUGUCAGGAACGUUGAAAUUGGUCCGCUGGCUCUACCGGCAUGGGAGGGAAAGUCGGAUUCUUUUGGGAAUCUGAGGGCCAGGGGCUUCAUUGGGGAUGACAACUUUGCGUCUGGCUACGAGGCGGAUGUCGAGGACAACGAAGACAGCCAUCAUGAAGAGUGA